AUGGCACCUGGGUCUGUCCGGCGGACAAACCACCUCGCGGACAAAGUGGUGGCGGUGCCACCGCGGCCGGAAUGUCCGGCGAAGCCGGAGGUGGUGGCCAAGGCCGACGGCGUUGACGACGACGACGAUGAUGGUGACGAUGGCGACGACGGUCUGAUGGUGCCCAGGGUGCGUGUGGGUGAGGAUGGCACGCUCAUCCUCGACGAUGAGAGCCUCACGGUGCGUGUGCGGCAUGCCGGCGAGGACGACGCCAGGGUGGCGGCGGCGCUCGCCGUGGAGGCGCUGCGCGAGGACGGCUCCUCCGCCCGCUACAGCAACUUCUCCAAGCACGUCGCCACGCGGAGAUGGAGCGACAAGGAGACGGAGCUGUACUUCCUGGCCAUCAGCAUGGUGGGGACCGACAUGUCGAUGGUGUCCCACCUCUUCCCCACGCGCAGCAGGCACGAGCUCAAGAAUAAAUUCAAAAGGGAGUCGCGUGUCCACCCGUGGAGGAUAGACAAGGCCUGCAUGGAGAAGAAGCCGAUGGACAAGGAGGGCUUUGUCAAGCUGCUGGCCGACGAGGAGGAAGAGCGGAAAAAGAAGAAAACUAAAAAAAGAAAACCCCGCAAGAGGCGUGCAAAACUGUCGGAUGACGACGAGGAGGAGGAGGAGGGUGGUUUGAGCGGCGUCGACCACGACGGCGACAACGGCGGCGAGGACCCAGCGUGCGACGAGGGCGGCGGGAAAAAGACGAAGCGGGAGAGGCGGAGAGGCGCGAGGGAGGCAACGGCGGCGGCGGCGGCGGCGGAAGUUGGCAGCGCCGCUCCGUCCGGAACGCCGGCGGCGAAGAGGAAGAGGAGGAGGAAGACGAGCAAACGGAAAGAUGGAGACGUCUCUGGACAGGCGGCGAGCGGCGAUGGCGUGGAUCAGCCGCUUGCUCCGGAGGGCGGCUCGGUCGGCGCGGGGGGUGGUGAUGACGACGCUGCCUCCUCGGAAACGGUUCCUGGAAGGGGCUGCGAGGUUCGUGCGGGGGUCGCCGAGAAGAAGACGAGGAAGAGGCGGCGGAGACGGAACGACGAGGAGAAGGAGGCGGAGCAGAAGGAGACGGAAGAAGCGCCGGACGGGAAGGCGGCGCAGGAAAAGAAAAAAGUCAGGAAAUCGAAGAAGAUAAAAGUCAAAAACGAUCACGGCGACCGUGAUGGAGACGGCCAGGAGGAGCCUGCCCCGGACUUCACUUGGUACGAGAAAGAGAAUGGAGACCCUGGAGCAGCGGAGGAACAGCCGAGCACGGAUCCAGGAGCUGAGGUGGCAGAACCCCUGUCUGUGGGGACCGCGGUCGGGCCGAGGAGGGGUGGACGGGGAGCCCGGGGUGGGAGGGGAAGCCGAGGGAGAGGAGGGAGAGGAGGGAGAGGAGGGAGAGGAGGGAGAGGAGGGAGAGGAGGGAGAGGAGGAGGGAAGGGGAAGGAUGUGGCGAGAAUUGUGAUGGAUGCAGUACCCAGGGAGAGCUGCUCAACCCCAGAUGCGGCAGCGGCGGCUGGCGACGACCACGACACCGAAGCGGAGGUUCUGCUGGGAGAGCGCCGAGGCGGUGAGCGCGACGGGGCGGACACACGAAUCGCGGGAACUUCGCCCGCCGGUUCAUCCACCGGGGAUGCCGGGCGGGGCGCCGGCGGUAGCCCCCGAGGCGACGGUCCCGUCGCCGGCGAUUCGGAGCACGUCCGCCCGGGAGGAGGACGCGGGGAACCCUGGGAGAACCGGUCACCGUCACCGGUGCGGGUACGUCCGUGUGUACGUUGAACCUCUU